AUGCUCUCCUCUGUUUGCUCCGAGGCACGUCGCGGUUGCAAGGGGUCUGUUGACUCUGGCAGUAGGGCCCUGGUUAGGAGUGGUCGGUGCAGGAGUAACUGCGUGUUGAGGUAUCGCAAUGUGAGAAUGAUGCGGUACCGUUCAACAUCCGAAGACUCAAGGGUUGCCUCUGAGCUUUCGGCUAUGCUGCUAGAGGGAGUAAGAGACAAGCAGGUAGGCAAGGUGUAA